AUGGACGAUAAAUAUAUAGGACUUGCGUUGGCAAUGUCCUCCUCGCUAGCAAUCGGCACCUCAUUCAUUAUAACCAAGAAAGGUCUCAUGGACGCUGCUGCUCGCGGUGGUACUGGCAGCAACGGGUCAGUGCAGGCCUCGGACUACUUGCAGAACCCCAUAUGGUGGGGCGGAAUGAUUACGAUGGCUCUUGGGGAGAUUGCCAAUUUUGCUGCAUACACCUUUGCCCCGGCAAUCUUGGUCACCCCGCUUGGCGCGUUGUCCGUGAUCAUUGGAGCCGUCUUGGCUGCGAUUUUCUUGAAGGAGGAGCUCGGCACACUAGGCAAGAUGGGGUGCGCGAUCUGCUUGAUGGGAUCUGUGAUUAUUGUUUUGCAUGCUCCAGCGGACAAGGAAGUUGAAACCGUGGAUGAGAUUCUUGGGUACGCGACCCAGCCAGGCUUUCUAUUUUAUUGCGCGGUGAUUGCUUUAUACUCGUUGUUUAUGAUUUACAAGAUUGUUCCCAAAUACGGCAACACCAACCCCAUGAUCUACUUGUCGAUCUGCUCGUCUGUUGGGUCCAUCUCGGUGAUGUCGAUCAAAGCUUUUGGAAUUGCUUUGAAGCUAACGCUAAGAGGCAACAACCAGUUUACUCACGUUUCCACUUAUUUGUUCUUGAUCGUUGUUGCUUUGUGUAUUGUCACCCAGAUGAACUACUUCAACAAGGCGUUGGACCAGUUUGACACGUCGAUCGUCAACCCGUUGUACUACGUUACAUUCACCACCUUCACCUUGGCGGCGUCCUUCAUCUUGUUCAGAGGGUUCAACACCACCUUGGCGGUCGACAUCAUCUCGUUGUUGAUUGGCUUUUUGAUCAUUUUCAGUGGUGUUUACUUGUUGAACAUCUCACGAAAGGAAAACGACGGCAGAGAUCGAGAGAUUUUCGGAGUGCACACUUCAAAAGACAUGGCUCCGUUGGAUAAUGGUGUGGGUGGCUUCUCAACAGUGAGAAGGUCCAUGCAGGUCAACAGGUCGAUCGACUACAGCAAUGAAGAAAUGAUAGGAUUGAGAAGAGCAGAUAGCUUUGAGUUGGAUAGCGACGAAGAAGAAAGAAACUAUAGACACUGA